CGCCUGCCUGCUUGCUGCGGAGAGCACACAGUCAGCCCAGGACCACGCGCUGUAGUAUAAUGUGAAGAACGAGUCGCGGCUUACUCAGGUCGCAAGACGCCGAGCUUCCAGCAUCUCUGCAUCUGCUUCUCUGCCUGCGCGACGCCGUCUGUUGCUCGGCGCGUCAUCCCACGCUGCGUUGCACAGUCACAGCACGCCGCUAUUUCCGGGCCCGCCACUGCACAUCAUCCGCCUUGUCGUUCCUGAGCCUUGGCCAUCUUCGUCAACAACACCAAAGAAAUCUCUGAGCCAGUAGCAAUCUCCUCCCGCCCAGAGCUUUUCUUUGUUGGCCGUUGCUUACCGCUGUUACUUGGAUACUAGUGCCCAGAACUCCCGCAAAAGCCCGUAAAAUGUUUCGUUGGGCCCAGCAGCAGUUGGCCAAUGUCGCCGGAACCCAGGAACCCGAGUAUGGCCCGGAAGCCAUCCACCCCGUGGGCAAGAACGCCGGUGACCCCGCCUAUACUGAGCUGAAGAAGGAGCAUCUGAAAUGGAAGCUCGUCGAGCAGACCUGCGUCGAGACGCAGACGUACUAUCUACAGGCCGACAGUGGACACUAUUGCUUUAUGCAAGUAAUCUACAACAACAUUGCCGGUCUGCGCAUCACUACCCAGUUCAACGUCAAGAUCUGGUACCCGAACAACGAAAAGCCAGUCGUGUGGACGAGCGAUCCCCUCGAGAACUACGGCUUCGACGAUGACAAGUUCUGUUUCUUCGCCGAUGGCAUCUCGAUCGAGCUCUCAGAGGAUGGUUCCUACUACAACAUCAAGUCCGCCCGCAAUGACAAGAGUAUGGUUGACAUCAAGUUUGAGCGCACGGCGCCAGGAUUCUUGGGCGGCGCGGAUGGCACGACCAACUAUGGAACCGAUGCCAAGGCACCCUGGGGGUCCAUGCGACACGCAUUCUGGCCGAGGGCAAAGGUCGAAGGCAGAAUCAUAACCAACGGCGAGCAGAUUGACUUCAAGGGCCGGGGCAUGUUCAGCAUGGCUCUUCAGGGCAUGAAGCCUCAUCACGCAGCCGCUCGAUGGAAUUUUGUCAACUUCCAAUCGCCCAGCUACUCCGCAAUCUUGAUGGAGUUCACUACGCCUGCCUCGUAUGCCAGCACCCUUGUUCGUGUCAGUGGUAUCGCAACCGACGGGGAGCUGCUUCUUGCGAAUACCAACGCCGGUGAUGUAAAGCAUACGGCCACGAAGCAGGACAGUGAAAACGACUGGCCCGAGCCCACCUCAGCAAGCUACGUCUGGGAGGGCAAGUCAGACGACGGGAAGGAAGUGUCUGCUCAGCUUGAGGGCAGUCUUGGCGACCGCCUGGACCGUAUUGAUGUCAUGGCCGAAGUUCCAGGCUUUGUCAAGGCCAUUGUGGCCACUGCCGCAGGCACAAAGCCUUAUAUCUACCAAUACAAGUCCAAAUUGACGAUUAAGGUCAAGGUUGGAGAUGAGGUAAAGGAGGAGGAAGGUACACUCUUCGCUGAGGCCACUUUCAUCUCGUAGUAUUUUUGAUGCGUAUUGGAUAGACCUACGACGCCUA